AUGGGUGCUCAACAAACCAAGGACAGAGUCAUACCCACCGGCUCGACUGUAAGACAAACCAGAAAACAACCAAGAAAUCCCAAAGAAUCACGGCUUAUUGGUUCUAAUAUAUUUACAGAGCACAGCGAAGCUCUUUUACAAAGUAGACCAUUGCCACAUAUCCCAGCAUUGCCUGAAGGUGAUCCACCCACGGGUUCGAGUGUUCAAUCACUGUCACAGCAGUCGAAUUUUUCUGCACACUCCAAUGUCACGGGUGGAAGUUUACUCGAGGCUGCUAAUAGAUGGACCAGUAAGGAAAACCUUUUAGCACAGGAGGAGGAUGAUCCUCAGUUGUUUGUUGCUCUUUAUGAUUUUCAAGCCGGUGGUGAAAAUCAGCUUAGUUUAAAAAAAGGUGAACAAGUACGAAUAUUAAGUUAUAAUAAGAGCGGUGAAUGGUGUGAAGCACACUCAAGUACCGGUCAAGUAGGAUGGGUACCCUCGAAUUAUGUAACACCAGUAAAUUCUUUAGAAAAACAUUCCUGGUACCAUGGGAGAAUAGCGCGAAACGCUGCUGAAUAUCUGCUGAGCUCGGGGAUCAAUGGGAGUUUUCUUGUUCGCGAGUCUGAGAGCAGUCCUGGACAACGAAGUAUUUCAUUAAGAUACGAGGGACGUGUUUAUCAUUAUAGAAUCAAUGAAGACAGUGAUGGAAAGAUGUUUGUAACAACCGAGAGUAAAUUUAACACCCUGGCAGAAUUGGUUCAUCAUCACUCAAUGCUAGCUGACGGAUUGAUAACGCAACUUUUGUACCCAGCGCCUAAACACAAUAAACCAACAGUAUUUCCACUUAGUCCUGAGCCGGAUGAGUGGGAGAUAAAUCGUACUGACAUUGUGAUGAGACAUAAACUUGGGGGUGGACAGUACGGUGACGUGUACGAAGCCGUCUGGAAGCGUUACAAUAUGACUGUAGCUGUUAAGACUCUUAAAGAGGAUACAAUGGCCUUGAAAGAUUUUCUAGAAGAAGCAGCGAUAAUGAAAGAAAUGAAACAUCGGAAUCUUGUUCAAUUGUUGGGUGUCUGCACGCGCGAGCCACCUUUUUAUAUUAUCACUGAAUUUAUGAGCAAAGGAAAUUUAUUGGAUUAUUUACGUAACGAAAGUAAACAUCAAAUAAACGCAGUGGUGUUGAUGCACAUGGCAACACAGAUAGCAAGUGGUAUGAGCUAUCUUGAGAGUCGUAAUUUUAUUCACAGAGAUUUAGCAGCGCGUAAUUGUCUUGUCGGUGAGAAUCACCUUGUCAAGGUCGCUGAUUUUGGUCUCGCGAGACUGAUGCGCGAUGACACCUACACUGCUCACGCUGGCGCUAAAUUUCCGAUAAAAUGGACUGCACCUGAAGGACUUGCUUAUAAUAAAUUUUCAACAAAAUCUGACGUAUGGGCGUUUGGUAUUUUGCUCUGGGAGAUUGCGACCUACGGAAUGUCUCCGUAUCCUGGUGUUGACCUGACUGAUGUUUAUCAUAUGCUGGAGAAGGGCUACAGAAUGGAGUGUCCUCCUGGAUGUCCGCCGAAAGUCUACGAGCUGAUGAGACAGUGCUGGCAGUGGUCGGCUAUUGAGCGACCGACCUUCAAAGAAAUUCAUCAUUCGUUGGAAAAUAUGUUUCAAGAGUCUAGUAUUACAGAGGAGGUAGAAAAACAAUUACAAGGUGGUUGUGAUACUCCGAUGUUUUCUUAUAAUCACAAGAAAUCCCAAACAGGAAGUACAGGAAAUAUUCAUGGUCUUGUUUUAGUAUCCGACCAAUUAUCUAACACAGGUUUAACGCAAGAUGCUGGAAGUAAUGUCACUAAACUUAGUACUUUCAUGGGUGGUCUUACCAACAAAGCUAACAGUAACAUGGUACAGAUGCGUCGCUCUACAAAUAAAAGAGGAAAACAAGCUCCUGCCCCGCCCAAAAGAACCAGCUUAUUGUCGUCAUGCAGUUCGUUUCGUGACUCUGCGUACCAGGAGCAAGAUCAGCAUAAUAUCGAUUCUGUCGGGGCUUCAAAUCUUGAUGAUGGAACCGAUCUAAAUGGUAUUGAUAAUAUUUCUAAAGGUAUCACGCGAGAUCUCGUGACAAUGGCAACACAAUCAAUACCUCCAGGAGGCUGUGACUUGGAAGAUGACGGCGACGGAUCCCAAGGGACGGAGUCUAAUUUUCUCCCCCAGCCACCGGCUUCACCCGAACCAAUACUCAACAUAUGCAAUCAGAAACAAAUAAAAACGAGACAGUACUCGUCUAAGGAAGUACUAUCACAGAAGCUAGUCCACGUGGGUGCCCUGGAAGUACAAAAUGUUAAACGUGCUAUAAAUCGAUACGGAACACUACCAAAAGGCGCUCGAAUAGGCGCGUAUCUAGAGUCUCUCCGUCAAAGCGGUAUGCCAUCUGCCCACGAAUCUCCAUCGUCUAUUGACCUACAUCAGCAACAACAACAGCAUCCUCAACACCAGCAACCACACGAAGCAAUAAAUAUAAUCGAAACAUCUCAACAUCGGUCGCUCUCACCACGUCAAAAUAAUUUAAGAAACCAGCCACAAAUGACUCGCAGUAAUUCGUCCAGCGGUGUUGUCAACACUUACCAGCCUCCCAACUCACCCCGCAGCCGUAUGUCGAGUCGUAAAAAUAAUAAUGAUAAUAUUGGGCUUAGAACUUUUCGCAAUCCCAAUACCUCGACAUUCCGAACAGCUAGUCCCUCAAGAUCGGUACAGCCGACUUUAGCAGACUUGGAAUUUCCUCCUCCGCCUCUAGAUCUUCCACCCCCGCCUUGUGACCCUAAUAUUGACCCCCCGGAUUUUUCGACGUUCAAUCCACCUGGUGAUGUUCCUUACAAACCUUCCGGUUCUCCAGUUUGUGUUAGAAAAUCAAAAAUAGACCGCAAGUCUAAGGAAGAAAUUAUUGAAGAAGAUGACAAAAAUAAUGACCUAAGAACUGCUGAGCCUUCUGUUAAAGAAGCUAGUUCUAGAUUUGGCGUUAAUUUGAGGCGUAGAGAGACUACUAGUGUUGGAGGAAGUGAGAGUAAUAAAAUAGAGGACAAAAAAAAUAUUUUCCGUGGGAAAGAAUCUAUGGAAAAAAAAGAUGGGGUACUUUCACCGCCGACUGAAGCGCCACCGCCUCCGCCACCUUUACCGCCACCCUCUAACAAUGAUUCCGACGACGGGUUUAAUUUAAAACCGGGCAUGAAAGAAAUGCUUGAGCUUAAAUUGAUAAAUGAAAUAAAGCAAAACGCAGAUUUGAAGCAAAGUGGUACCUCACGUAAGUCUAAUCAUUUAGAUCCGGCCUCUCAAUUACUCUCAGAGUUGUGUGCUAAUUUUAAUAUCGAUCAGUCUAAUACAAUAAAUACAGUAAAUAAAUCGCCUAUUCAAGGAGAGUACGCUUCGUUAAAUUGUUUAAAUGACUCGCCUUAUGACCAGACAAAUAAUCAGCUGAGUAAUGUUGAAAAAUCAGUGAGUCAUAAUAAAGAUACUAAAGUAUCGCCAGACACUUUGAAUCCCGGGAGUGUUGGGUUUAAAUUAAAAAAGGUUGAUAAGAAAUCAAAUUUGCAAAAAGAUGAUAAUAAUGAUGGGCAGAUAAUUGAUUUUAAAGCGAGACUGAGAAAGGUUGAGAAGGAUAAUAUUGAUAAGCAUGAUAAGGAUGAUAAAAUAAAAAAAAAUGAUGACGUGGGUGCUGAUAUGUCGGAGAAUGAUGAUAAUGAUGAUAAACGCAAAAGCACGGGUAGUAUCAGUAGCUUGAAGCGUUUGUGGGAAAAUAAAGAAUCCUCGUGGGAAAAUCAACCGCUUAGUCCUAAGUUGAGCACUCGGAGUAUCAAUAAACAAGACGUUGGUGAUCCGGGUGAAGAAAGUCCUGAGGAUCACAGUGGUGCUUCCACUAGGAGUUCUAUUACUAGUAAAAGUGAUAGUAGAAUUAGCCACCCGGGUAAUUCAACUACUUCUGGCAGUGGGGAUAAUAUUGAAAAGCCUUUAGUCCCGGCUAAACCGGGUUCUAAAUCUAUUGGUUCUUCAGGAAAGUAUUAUGGAUCUUCGAUUUAUGCUACGCCUAAUUGCGAUAAGCAGGAGGAGGAUAGUGUUAGUGGAGGUGUUGGUAAGCAACAAGAGUCUAAGGGAGCUAAACAUGACGUUUUAGAAUUAUCAAAUGCUAUUGAAGGUAGUAUAACUAAUUUAAAAGGUACUCCGGUUAUUGUUAUGGCCAGUUGGCUUCAAUUGUCCGAUAAAGUUGGUCUUCUUCAUGGGCUACUUCAGGAAGUUAAUUCUACGGAAGUUGCUGGUGCGCCAUCUCACGCGAGAUUUCAAUUUCGUGAUUUAUUGUCACGGCUUGAAUUACAGGCACGGCAAUUGAGAGCCGCUGGUACUCGUAAUAUCACAGAGAACACAAGACUACUUAGUGAUGUUCAUAACACGAUUAAAGAUGUGACGAAUAUGAUUCAGAGAUAUUUAUAA